AAUUUUUAACUAUAAUGUUUUGAUUUUGAAGAAAGAGCGUGUUAGUAUUAUUUUAUAAAUAAUACACCUUGAAUAAGAUCUAUUCAGUAAAAUCAAAUAGGGUUAAGUAAUACAUAAGUAGCCAAAAGUCUUCACUAUGGGAAGGAAGAAAGGACGGUGUGUGAAGAAAAAUGCUGUGACGAAGGAGUCUCUCGAGCCUGAGCAUCUUGUGAAGGCGCCGCACUCCUUCGUCAUCCAUCGCGGAAACUGCAGCAAGGACCUGCAGGACCUGACGAAGGACUUCAGACAGGUCAUGGAGCCAUUCACGGCAUCUGCUCUAAAAGAAAGAAAAAACAACACCAUCAAAGAUUUCCUGUCAGUAGCGGGAUAUCUCCAUGUCUCCCACAUGAUGUCAUUCACUGAAACUGAUGCGGGCUCUUACUUCAGGCUAUCCAGGCUACCUAGAGGACCUACUCUUACUUUUAAAAUUCAUCAGUACAGUUUGUCCCGUGACGUGCGGUCCUCUCUCCGCAAGCAGUUCGUCAUAGAGAAGGCGUUCCAGCAGGCGCCGCUGAUCGUGCUCAACAGCUUCUCCGGCGAGGGCAUGCACAUGAAGCUCAUGGCCACCAUGUUUCAGAACAUGUUCCCCACCAUCAAUAUCACUACUGUGAAGCUGAAGAACAUCCGGCGCUGCGUGCUGAUGAACUACAACCCGGCCACCAAGCUGGUGGACCUGCGCCACUACGUCAUCCGCGCCACGCCCGUCGGACUCAACAAGGGGACUAAGAAGAUGGUGCAAGGCAAAAUUCCUAACCUGAACAAAUGUAAGGACAUCUCAGAAUUCUUUGACAAAGCGGCGCUGCUAUCGGAGAGCGAGUUUGAGGACGACCCCGCGGCGCAGGUGGUGCUCCCGCAGUCGCUCGCCACUCGCGGCGCCGCCGCCGAGUCCAAGUCCGCCAUCAGGCUGGUGGAGUUGGGACCCAGGAUCUCCUUCCAGCUUAUUAAGGUAGAAGACGGCCUCAUGGAUGGUGAAGUGUUGUUCCACGAGCUCAUCGAAAAGACUGAAGAAGAAAAGGCAUUAAUCAAGAAGAAACGAGAAGAAAAGAGGCGCCAGAAAGAAAAGAGGAAAGCACAGCAAGCUGAGAAUGUUAAACGCAAGGAGCGCGAAAAGGAAGAACUCAAACAGAAGUCUCUAGAAGGAAUCAAGAAGAAGAUGAGCGAGAGUCAAAGGUUGAUGGAGCUGGCGAACGCGGAGUCUCAGCGCGCUGACCCGGACCAGGACGACGAUGAUGAUGCUGAGUACUACAGGGACGAAGUCGGCGCUGAACCGGACAAAGAUUUAUUCAGUCAGAACCCUCGGAAGCGUAAAUCGGACGACAACUCCGUACGAGGCUUCAAGAAGAUGAGGCUCGACAGGAAACUGCACAAAAAGUUCCACAAAAACCAGGAAGACCACGACAAGAAACAGUUCAAGGGGAAAAACCAAGGCUUCAGGAAUAAAGAUCAAGAUCAGAAAGGAAAGUUUGGCGAUCGGAAAGGAAAGUUCCAUGACCAGAAAGGAAAGUUCCAUGAUCAGAAAGGAAAAGGCUUCCAGAAAGGCAGAGAUCAAGAUAAAAGAGGGAAAGGACAAAGGGGCAAAGAUCCAGGACAGAAGUUCAACAAACAAAAGAAGGUGUUUGGAGGGAAAUUUAAUAAAGCCGGUAAACAUAGGGAAGGAAAUAAUAGUAAGGGGAAAGGAAAAGGCAGGAAAUGAUAGUCAAUACAAUAAAUAUUCGUUAAGUUGAA